GGCACUUGGGAGCCUGCGGGGACAGGACUUGAGCUGAGUAGGCAGUAGUGCUGGGAGGGAGGACAGCUCGGAAGCGGGAGAACCCAAGCUUGGGGCACUGAGGCUGAGCUGGCCGGAGUCGGAGCCCCAGGCCGGGCUGUCCUACGUGGAGGAGAUGGCGGCGGCGGUACAGGAAGGGAUGGAGCCCCGGGCUCUCCAGUACGAGCAGACCCUGAUGUAUGGCCGAUACACCCAAGACCUCAGCAGCUUUGCCAAGGAGGAGGCUGCCCGGAUCCGACUGGGGAGUGCUGAGCACUGGAAGGGGCCUCCUUCUCCCCGAGCACCCCCAGAGCUCCUGGAAUAUGGACAGAGCCGCUGUGCCCGAUGCCGCAUCUGCUCUGUCCGCUGUCAUAAGUUCCUGAUCUCAAGGGUUGGUGAAGACUGGAUCUUCCUGGUAUUGCUGGGGCUGCUCAUGGCGCUGGUCAGCUGGGCUAUGGACUAUGCUAUUGCUGCCUGUCUGCAGGCCCAGCAGUGGAUGUCCCGAGGCUUGGACACCAGCCUCCUGCUGCAGUAUCUGGCCUGGGUCACCUACCCUGUGGUCCUCAUCACCUUCUCAGCUGGAUUUACCCAGAUCCUGGCCCCUCAAGCUGUUGGCUCUGGGAUCCCAGAGAUGAAGACAAUUCUACGGGGUGUUGUACUGAAGGAAUAUCUCACACUCAAGACCUUUGUCGCCAAGGUCAUCGGGCUGACUUGUGCCUUGGGAAGCGGGAUGCCCCUUGGCAAGGAGGGCCCAUUUGUGCAUAUUGCCAGCAUGUGUGCAGCACUCCUCAGCAAGUUCCUCUCCCUCUUUGGGGGCAUCUAUGAGAAUGAGUCUCGCAAUACAGAGAUGCUGGCGGCAGCCUGUGCUGUGGGAGUUGGCUGCUGUUUUGCUGCCCCCAUUGGAGGAGUCCUGUUCAGUAUUGAGGUCACCUCCACCUUCUUUGCUGUCCGUAACUACUGGCGGGGCUUCUUUGCCGCCACCUUCAGUGCAUUCAUCUUCCGGGUUCUGGCGGUCUGGAAUCGGGAUGAAGAGACCAUCACCGCCCUCUUCAAAACUCGAUUUCGCCUUGACUUCCCUUUUGACCUACAGGAGCUUCCAGCCUUUGCUGUCAUCGGAAUUGCAAGUGGCUUUGGGGGGGCCUUGUUUGUCUACUUGAACCGCAAGAUCGUCCAGGUGAUGCGAAAGCAAAAAACCAUCAACCGCUUCCUCAUGAAGAAACGCCUGCUCUUCCCAGCCCUGGUGACCCUGCUCAUCUCCACCCUGACUUUCCCACCCGGCUUUGGCCAGUUCAUGGCUGGACAGCUCUCACAGAAGGAGACUUUGGUCACUUUAUUCGACAACCGGACCUGGGUGCGCCAGGGCAUCGUAGAGGACCUGGAGAUGCCUAGCACUUCCCAGGCCUGGAGCCCUCCACGUGCCAACGUCUUCCUCACCCUCGUCAUCUUCAUCCUCAUGAAGUUCUGGAUGUCAGCUCUGGCCACCACUAUCCCUGUGCCCUGUGGAGCCUUCAUGCCCGUCUUUGUGAUCGGAGCAGCAUUUGGGCGUCUGGUCGGGGAGAGCAUGGCCGCUUGGUUCCCUGAUGGGAUUCACACAGACAGCAGCACCUAUCGGAUAGUGCCCGGGGGCUACGCUGUGGUCGGUGCGGCAGCAUUGUCGGGGGCAGUGACCCACACCGUCUCCACAGCAGUGAUCGUAUUUGAGCUGACAGGCCAGAUCGCGCACAUCCUGCCUGUCAUGAUCGCCGUGAUCCUGGCCAACGCCGUGGCCCAGAGCCUGCAGCCCUCCCUCUACGACAGCAUUAUCCGUAUCAAGAAGCUGCCCUAUCUGCCUGAGCUGGGCUGGGGCAGGCACCAGCAGUACCGGGUGCGGGUCGAGGACAUCAUGGUACGGGACGUACCCCACGUCGCCCUGAGCAGCACCUUCCGGGACCUUCGCAUGGCAUUACACCGUACCAAGGGCCGGACCCUGGCACUAGUGGAGUCCGCAGAGUCAAUGAUCCUGUUGGGCUCCAUGGAGCGCUCCCAAGUGGUGGCACUCCUCAGUGCCCAGCUCAGCCCUGCUCGGCGCAGGCAGUACCAGCGGGACCAGAGGGCUGCCCAGGCCUCUCCACCUCCAGAACAGGAGGACUCCCACGGCCCAGAGACAGGUGUCCGCUUUCAGGUGAGCUCGGAGGAAUCAGGUCUCCCUCCUCCCCGGGGGCCACCACGAAAGCCACUGAAGCCUGCCCUCAAACGAGGGUCCAGCAAUGCCACGAGCCCUGGGGCGGAAAGCCCUUCUGGGGUCCAUGAGUCAGCUGGUAUCGCCCUCAGGAGUCUCUUCUGCGCCAGCCCCCCAGCAGAGGGGAGCUCGGAGUUGGAAAAGUCGGAACCAUGCGAAAAACGCAAGCUGAAGAGGGUCCGCAUCUCCGUGGCGAGUGACUCGGACCUGGACCUGGAGAUGACCGCAGCAGAGAUUCUGGAAUGGGAGGAGCAGCAGCUAGACGAGCCCGUGAAUUUUAGUGACUGCAAGAUUGACCCUGCCCCUUUCCAGCUUGUUGAGAGGACGUCUUUGCACAAGACUCACACCAUCUUCUCACUGCUGGGAGUGGACCACGCUUACGUCACCAGCAUUGGCCGGCUCAUUGGCAUCGUCACGCUUAAGGAGCUUCGGAAAGCCAUCGAGGGAUCUGUCACAGCCCAGGGCGUGAAAGUGAGGCCACCGCUGGCCAGCUUCCGAGACAGUGCGACCAGCAGCAGUGACACCGAAACCACGGAAGUGCACUCCCUAUGGGGCCGGCGCCCCCGCCAUAACCCGCCCCAUGAAGGCAGCCCCUCAGAUAGCGAUGACAAGUGUCAGUAAGCAUGAAGGGGAGGUCUGCAUUGCCUAGGAUACCAGCCUGCCUCAGAGGGUCUGCUCUCUUUCAUUCCUGCUGUCUGGAAUCAGAUUCUCUCCUGGGAGACCUGUGGGACCAAGCAGGCACCAGCCCUAGAGGUCCCCCAGCUGGGUGCCUGCCCCUCUCCUCCAGACCGGAGCUGCCAGCUGCGCCCAGGAUAUCUCCAACUGGGACCUGGGUUGUGAGCAGGCAGCUUCUGGACUUUCCAGGGCAGAGGAUGGACCGGGACUGCCCAGCUGCUGCUCCUCUCCUGUAGAACAGGACUGGAAUGGGGGAUGGCCUGGAAUCUCCAGGGACCAGAUGUACAUAGAGAUUUACAAAGAUUUUUAUAUUAAUUUAAUAAAACAGAGUCUUAAAUAGAACAAAAUAAACCCCUAAUGAGCCACUCAA